UACGAUCGAUUUGCAUCAAUCUCUAUCAGUACCUCGUCGGCACUAGACGAACCAACUACUCCACGGUUCAAGAUGUGGCCCAAACUGGGAGGCAUUCUCGCUUGUGCACUGUUGGUGCUGUUCAGCUGUUUUGAAUGCACCAAACUCCCUGAGCCGGGCACCUGCGGUGUUGACUUCGCCGACCGCAUCUACGGCGGUACGAUCACCAAACCGAAGAACUACCCGUGGACGGCCCUGCUGGUGUUCAGCUAUGGCUUCUACAAGAAUCUGUACUGGUGCGGAGGCAGUCUGAUCUCGGACCGUUACGUGAUGACGGCGGCCCACUGCGUGUCGGAUUUGAGCGACGAGUACAAGCUGGAAAAGAUUCGGCUGGGCGAGUGGGAUCUGGCCAGCGACGACGACUGCGACGAGCAAACGAUCUGCAACGAUCCGGUGAUCGACGUGGAGGUGGAGAAGGUCAUCAUGCACGAGAACUACACCAAGGGGACGUUCCUCAACGAUAUCGCGCUGAUCAAGCUGAAGGACGCCGUGACCUUCUCGGAGUUUGCGCUGCCGCUGUGCUUGCCGACCGCUGACGCGGUCAAGGAUAAGAACACCGACGAGCUGACGUAUACGGCUGUCGGGUGGGGCAAUACCGAGCAUCAGAACAAGACCAUCCAAUACGGCAGUCGGUACAAGUUGCACGUUCAACUCAACGGUGUUACCAAUGACGACUGUGGAAAGGUGUACGAUAACAUAGUACCGUCGAAGUUGUGUGCCGGAGCGGAAGCCGGCAAGGAUACCUGCCAGGGUGAUUCCGGUGGUAGUUUGGUAGCAGCCGUCGAUGGAUACUCGUACGCGUACGGAGUUGUUAGCUAUGGCAAAGGUUGCGGCCGGGGAGGAGUUCCGGGAGUGUACACCCGCGUGACCAGCUUCCUGGACUGGAUCGAUGAUCAUAUGGAGUGACAUUUCAAUAAGAUUAAAAUAUAGUCAGCUUUUGAAGAC